UUUUUUUUUGCUGGCGUGGGCGUGGAACGGAACGACUUUUCCGAUCCUCAAGAUGGAAAAGGAAUAUGCGACCGCCAAGCAGCGACUAUUAAAGGAGACAUUGGAAGAUAUGUAAACGAGGGCAAUGAUGUGACAACAGCAAUUCAGCUCAAAACAGCCAUAGAGUCUGGUCCAGGAUCUUGCGCUAAGGCUAGUUACAUUCCAUUCAACCCGUCAAGCACUCGGCACGUCAAAUGGGAUGGUGUAAGCUUACUCAACAACUUCAAGUAUGAGGAGAACGGAAUACGAGCGUGGAGGGCAUUUAAUGUGGGUCCUGGAAAGUUGCUACCGUGGUCUCAGUUUGAAGGAGUUUUGCAGGUCCCGGAAACUCUUGAAGUGGUUGAUCCCCCAUCGCAGAAAUUGAGUACUAAGCCAUCUUUCAAGAAGACAUUGUGAACAUUUCUCAGGUGCUCUUUCCUUAUACACACUAAGCAUCUUCCUGCAUUUUACGCAAAUUCCUUUAGAAAAAACAUAGUCAAACUCCCGUCAAAACUCCGAAAUUACCGAAAGGCGCGUAUUUUUUAAACACAAAAGUCUGAAGUUUUGUCGACCCACAGAAUAAAAUAACAAUCGAAAGUUGACUGCGCGAUAAGAGGUGAGAAGAAGGGGGGGGAGUAGCAUUGUGAUUAGACUACCCUUUUUUUUUGUUUAUUGUUUAUAUAUUUCUCAAGUGGCUUUUUGCGAAACGAAAUUGAAAUGUUUUAAACAAAGUAAAUUAACCCCUACUAACCGAAUUCCAGGUGCGUACUGUAAGUUACAGACCGUGAAACGAGGUUAGUAAGAUAUUCAUUAUGUCUCUGAGGUCAAUCGGGCGCGUGGGAAUGGAAACUAGUUAAAGUUUAGUGGGCCGCGCAAAAUUGACCAAUCACACCCCGCGUACGAACUGAGAGAUACUGAUAAAAAAUAGGAACUCAUUGUAUACAUGUGGGUAGUGCUGUGCACGCGCUGCGGACCUGUUUGUUUACGGACACCGGCACUCACUCACUCACACACCUGGCGACAAAGUGGGUAGGGCACUAUACAGUGCACACACUAAUAUAAGCGCAAUCCAUAAAAAAAUGAGAGGCAUGAAAUAAAGGUUGUUAUAAAAAAAUUGGAUUGGACAACUGGAUGAAGAGAUAAGUAACGAAAUGUCCUUCAUCAACCUUACUUAUUUCUCUCCGUCGUUUAAACAAAUGAUUCUUUCAUAUAAUCUCAAGUCAUCAGAAUGAAUAGACUAAAAAUAAUUCAUUGGAGACAGUUUCUGUUUGGUAGAACAUCAAGUAGUUGGUUGCUUACCUGAACCCACAGGGACGAGCUGUUUUGAAAGCUCAAAUAUCUUCAUGGAUUGGAAUAAAUUUAUUCCUUUUUCCAGUGCGGGUGCCUUCCUCAGCUCCUUGCAAUGACCAGAAACAACUUCCGGGAUGGUGCAAAGAUUACCCGUCCUUCGCCUACCUAAACCUAACUUGGCACGAUGAACCGGACAGAUAGUCAUAUCCGAUAAAUUCGCCGGCUUUUGAAAACAUCCACAUCUUGCCAAAAUUAAUUCUACCUCCGUUUCAAUUCCGGAAAAUUUCAACGACUUUUUGUGAUUUUUGAUAUCCCUGUUACACCGCGUGAGAGGCGUGACGGAAGUUGAAGAACUUGUGCGUUCGUCUGCGCCGCAAAUCCCACCAACAAUAUUCAAGAACGAGCAAGACAUCGCUGUUCUAUGAAGUUCCCCGACAAUAAACUCUGGUUUUAGAUGUAAUGUUUCACAGAUAAAGAUAAUUCGAUUUAUUUAUUUAAAGAACGAUGCAAUUUUCGUGAGAACAGGUACUUCUGAUUGGCUAUCGCCGGCAUAAAGCUUCUCAUUCUUAAUAAAAUCAAUUCUUAUCGUUUCAGUUUGAAUUGCUAUUAUGAUAUUUUCUUUUAUUUUUACUUCAGCAAGUUAACUGGGGAACCUGGCACAUCGUUGAGUAAGAUAUUUUAAAGUAAGACUUAUUGUAAAUUAACAGAUGUAAAUAUCUGUUUGUUACUGUACUAAUUGUAGCGAAGUCGCUCGUGCGUGACACAGAUUAGGGAGCGAGCCUGUCAGAUUUAAUUUCCGCUCGUGGUAAUUUUGGUGUUUCAUACCAUACCUGUGUAGACAAUAUUUUAAACAUCAAUAUAUAUUUUUAAAAGGUUCAAACCGCUAAGAAAGUAAAACCCUCGUGUUUCAUGUACAAACUUUGGCCGAGGAGUUAAUUUAUUCAAUUAAGUGCUUUGUUAUGUAGAGUUGUAGAUUUCAAAGGCGCUCAAUUGGAAUUUUAUCGAAUUUUGAUCGGCGUUCAUGCAAAAGUGCUACUAGAUCCUAAAGAUUUAAAACCAUAGACCUAAAAAUCAAUGACUGAACUGUCUUUGGUUAUAAUAUCAGAAGAUUUGAAGAACUACCGGUCAGCUUUUUUCGUCGCUGAGUUUGGAUUACUUUACAGCUUCGCGUAAAUGAGAAAAGUGUGUCUUCUUAAUCGGGUCUCAGUUCGCUCACAAAUAAGCAGAGAUAAAAAUAAUUCCCAUGGUUUGACUAAGGAAGAAUCAAUGUAUUCAAUUAUACUUAAGAAAGAUUCACAGCUAUGUAAACGUCUGUGUAGCGAGAAGCUGAAAAGUGUAAAAUUUCGAGUUUCCGCCAGGUGA